CGGUGUGCCCCCAAUUGCUUCUGGCUCGUUACACUCUCGCGACACGAUGAUGUCGCUAUCUCUGUCACCACCCUGACGGUAGCUCCACGUCGGUCACCGGCCAUCGCUUUCCAGUGCCUACCGUCUCCGCACCCCGCCGCCGCAAGCACGCGACCUCAAUUGCCGACCAGGCCUUGACGUCAGGCCGAGGUGGAAUCGGCGAAUCGCACAUACUAACUACUGCGUGUGGUUGGUCCCGCACGCGACGACAAAGUCCUUCGAGACCCGUUCAUACACACGCACAUCCCUCCAUCUCUCGCUUUCCCUCACUCUCAGCCUCGCUCUCCAUCUGCUCGUGCGGCCGCUACGUCGGUCGCGCUGAUUACUCAGCCAAGAUGGACCUCAUCAAGAGCCUGGAGGCGUCGCUCGAGAAGAUCGUGCUGGAUCCAAAGUAUCACGAUGUCUUCAUGCUGGUCAAAGCCGUGCGUAACGGCGUCGUCUACGGCACCAAGGUGCGGUUCCCUCAUGCUCUCGUCAUGAUGUUUCUCUUCCGCAGCGGCACCUUUCGGGAAAAGAUGUGGCUCGUCAUCAAGGCUACGCGUAUGCACGCUCGAAACCUCGGCCUCUUCGCCUUCAUAUACAAAUCCACAUGCCUGGCGCUCAGGGCCCUGCAGAACGGCAAGGAAGGCCACUACGACACGUUCCUUGCCGGCCUGCUGGGCGGCUACUUGGUGUUCGGCCGCACCAUCCGCAACUCCGUCUCGCAGCAGAUCGUCAUAUACAUCUUCGCGCGUGUCGUGCUCGGUAUCGCCAAGCUGCUCGUGAAAUCGAAAGGCGAGGCGAUGAGCGCCGUGCCAGGCGGCGGCGGCGGCUUCGGUCUGGUCAGCAGCCCCAAAGUCAGGGAAUGGCUGGCCAAGAAUGGAUGGGUCGCUUUUGCGAGCUUGAGCUGGGCUUCCGUGAUGUAUCUCUUCAGAUGGCACCCGGAGGAUUUGCAACCCAGCCUGCGAAGCAGCAUGUCUUAUAUUUAUGUCCAGUCGGAUCACUGGGACGGUCUGAGAACGCUGAUUUGGCACAAUAAAUAGGGUUUUAGAGGCAAGAGAAGGUUUGGAAUUUCCCGCUUUACAUGUUCGUGGCAUCGGAUGGGGAGACAAGAGGAGCACAUGCACGACAGCAUUUAACAGGCGUUUAUUAGUGUCUUUUGGGGAGAGCGCGGCACGACUCUUCGUCAUGCAUGUACGAAUACAGCGCAUAUUAUUUUAGGAUGUUUUAGAAAGGAGAGCGUAACACCGCCAAAGACGUUUGCGGGGUCGAUAGCUCCAAUGUCACAUCACGUCAGCAGGGUCUCGGUGUAGAAUUGCGUGUCAAGUCAAAGUCUCGUUGGUCGCUGUUUGAAUCGACACGUCUUGAAAUUUCUGUCUCAGGAGGGGUUGAAGUAGAUCCCAUGACGACCCCCGACUAUCCCGUCUGAAGCUCUACUACCAAGAAGCCGCUAACGCAAGGCAUCGGAUGCAAGGGGUGGACCAAGGAAAGCUCACCGAGAGUAAAAUCAAGC